AUGUCCACCAGCCUCCUAGCGGCCCUGCCGCUUCUCGCCAUGCUCGCACACCUAGUCCACUCAGAGUCGGAUCCCUCCAACCUGCUGCCGGACGGGACCCCUUCGCACUGGUCGCUCACGAGGAACGGAACCCUGAGAUUCAUGGUAGCGAGAGUGAAGUUUCCAGAAACAGGACGGGAACCGAUCGAGGUAGCUGGGAAUCUGAACCAGUCGCUCCUGGACACAGCUCUCUUCUACUCCGACUCGAGCUGGGGCCUGCUCAAGUUCCAGUACCAGUACAUGCCGAUGGUAGACAUGACAACCCCCGCUACGUCCGCUACCCCGUCGACAGUUCGGACGGAGUGUCUCAAUGCACUCUCAGCACAAGGGUUCGUCUACUGUGGAGGGCCGUGCGGGUCGAGGACGGCAGAGCAGGCAGGGCAGUUCGACGCCGUGAUCCUAGCGAUGAGGAUCAAUCCCCCAGCAGUGGACUGGGCAGGGCUGGGGGUGGUUGGGAACGGCUUCACCUGGACCAUGUACCCGACGUCAGCUGGGAUCUUGGAGCACGAAGUAGGGCACAACUUUGGGAUGGGUCACGGGAGGACGACCAAGUUCAGAGCUGGGAAGGCUUACAACACGCCCGAGUACGAGGGGUUCUCCAGGAUGGCAGCUGGGGGGAGCGUGUACGCUAAUGACGAGCUCUCGAGGUUCAACUCCAACGGGCACUUUGACCCGUCCUGCAAGCACUGGUUUGGGUGGUUCUUGGACGAAAACGUCGCUUUCCUCCAUCCCGACGGGCCUAGGGAGUUCUGCCGGAACUGCACGACGAGCUGGUCUGGGAGCCUGAACGCGUUCGACAGGCCCGAUGUCAUCCCCGGUCAGACGGCCGACAGCUCGGGGUCUCCGUACUUUGCGGUGAAGAUCCCUUACUCGUCGACGGACUUUCUGUACAUCUACUACAGAUCUUCCUACCCUGAGACGAUGAAGGGCGUCUCUGUCCAGUAUUGCAACCGCAAGUACGUGAGCUACCUUGAUGUCGGCAUGACGAGCGUCUGCUACACCUACGACGUUGCUGGCGACACUGCCAGCAUGGUCGACUCCACCAUCGCCCCCGGGACCACCUUCGUGGCCACUCACCCUCCAGCUGCGCUUGACAACGUUCAGCUGGAUGUGCUGCAGAAGAUCAGGCCGGUGAUAGAGGUUCGGUCCGUUCCAGACUACUCGGACUGCACCAACAUGAUCUGCCCUCCCAACAAGAACAUCUCUGCCGCCCUCUCCGUCCGGUUCAUGAGCGAGGAGGAGGUGGGAAGGGCGCUCGAGCGGACCAACUUCACCGUCACUCCCGCCAGCCCCUUGCGCGUUGCCAACGCGUCGAUCAGCAAGGGGAUGCUGGUGCGUGCGAGAGAUCUAGCGGGGCCCAAGGGGCAGGGCGUCAUAAACAUGACCGUCUGCCCCCUUGACAGCAACGGAGUCGAGCUGUACCUCUACGACUCCUUCCCCUUCUCGUCCAUUGCGUUCAACGCUCCCCUCGGCUACCAGGCCGUCAAUAAGAUCUCAGCUAACCGACUCUACUGCUGUGAAGCUGGGAAGGAGCUGAAAGUGUACGGGGCUCAGGUCGUGGUCGUUCGGCAGCUGGACCCUCAGCCCUUGUCCAUCGCCGAGCUCGAGAUCUACUCCAAGAGCAGCCCAGGGGAGAAUCUGGCGAUCAAGAACGCCACGUGCUACUCGUUCCCCGUGGGAGGAGGAUACUACAACGGCGACAAGUCCACAGGGCAGAACAGAAACAUCAACGACGGGGACAUCAAUACCUACAGUCACUCCACUGGCUCCUCGGUGGGCAGCUACGACCUCUGCAUCCUAGAGCGCCCCGUUGACAUCGAGAGGAUCGUGUUGUCUCCCCGGCAGAGCUGGUGGGGUCGGUCGCAGAAUCUCUCAGUGGAGAUCUACUCCCUCUACUCGCAGGAUCCCAGCGGAGUCGGAGUCACCCCCAUACACCUCCUUGCCCGUCACUCCGUCGUCCAUGCCGCAUCAGCAUGGAGCGGGUACUCCUUCCUUCCCAGCCUGCAGCUUCCCGCUACCUACAUCUGCGAGAUGACGAUGAGGAUAAGGUUUGAGACGGUCAACGGAGAGGCCUACCUCCUGGUUGCCCCCCAGGAAGCGUCUGUUUCCUUCGCAGCUUCCAUGUCCUCUACGGUCUGCCCUACCGACUCGUUCGGUGUCGUUGAGAGCUCGGGCUACUUCGGGUGCAAGUCCUGCCCUCCUACAGCCUUGAGCUUCGUCGACGACAUGGCUGUCUGCUCAGGAUCCUCUUGCUCCGCUCUCCUGCUUCCCGACAUCACCGCAUACCUCCCCGGAGCACGCGGCGUCUUCGCUAGAGCUGCUGACCUGUGGCAGGGACGGCCGCAGUACUUCUCCUCCAACGCCACCCUGCGCUGGAAUCAGCAGCAGGCGGAGUGGGAGCUGAGAAACAUGGCUGACGUCCUUCUCGCCACCAGGAGCUCCUCCCUCCUCGGGCCUCUGCGUGCUAAGGUGCCAACGGCAGGAGCAGGGGACAAGCCGGGCAGCGGCAUAACGGCGGUGGCGAUAGAGAUGGGCAAGGACCAGCAGUACCUCAACCUGUGUGAGAUCGAGAUCUUCGAUGAUAGAGGUGUCAAUGUCGCCCCGACCCAUGCUCGGUGCUUCAACUUUCCCAUCGCGAGCUCCUGGUACACGGGCAAGGCAGACGGGUCCGAACCGCUCCUCAACGACGGGUGCGUGCAGGGUCAGACCGCCUGCUCAUGCGCUCACUCAGGGGCUCCGGCCAAGGGAAACUUCGUUGCCUGUGUCCUCAACCAGAGCAUCGCCGUCUCGCGCGUGCGCGUCUGGAACAACCCCAGCUGGAGCUCACGGUCUUCCCAGCUGAACUUCAAGCUGUUCGACCAGCUGCCGGCAGGAGCCAUCACGAUGGAGAGCUUCAAGAGCCCAGCUGUCAACCUGGAGCACCUCGACCUCUCGAGCCCGGCAUGGCAUGACCAGUGGCUGUGCAACUUGAGCAUCGACGCUCACAGCGGAGGUGCGGGAACAGCCGAUGGCAGCGCCGCGCCAUGGCGGCAGAACGCCUACUGGGAGCUCCAGGCGUGCAGGGAGAAUCGAACAUGGCAGGCGCUGACGCCUCUAAUAGAGCAGGACAAGGUAAGAACAGGGGGUAUGGGAGGAGCGAUGACUGCGGGAAAGGAGGAGGUCUGGACUUGCUUCCACGAGCAUGCAUGCCUUGAAGCAGCAGGAAAGAGCAGCUCAGAUUGGAUGUGUUACGUGUACAACGAGGACACUGACGCCUGGAUGCCGUGGGAUGUCAACUCUGCACUCAAAAUCUUUCAAUGCAACUGA